UGUCCUUCGGGUCUCAGGAGUUGUACUGAUUCGUUUCGAUCUUAUUGAAAUUCUUCACAAACAUAUUACUUUAGUUGAGUCAGUCCUAACUGUGAUACGCACUUCAAUAUCGUGCGUAAUGUUGUCUACGGGACUCUCGAGAAAAAACUUAUUCCUGUUCUUGACGCUGCUGUCUCAGUCGCACGUCUGCAGGCCAUCUCAUGGGUACGCUGCACGAAACAACCACCUGUGGAAUUCAUUCAAAGUUCGCUUCAACAAAACCUAUGAUUCCCUUCAAGAUCAAGUGAGGGAGUCCGUCUUCAUGCGAAACAUGAGGCGAAUUACUCUGCACCGCUCGAGGUACAGGGCUCAACUCGAAAGUUUUGAUGUCGACAUGAAUUAUUUCACAGAUUGGCUACAAUCGGAGAGGAUUCAGAUGCUCGGCAUCAAGAGAUCAGAGCGUUUGCCAGAGGACACUUGGACCGACUAUAAUAUUCCGUCUGAAGCGCCUACGUCUCUUAUCAACGUCAGUAUCCCUGAUACGCUUGACUGGCGUCAAAGAGGAGCUGUCACCCGCGUCAAAAAUCAGGGCAAAUGUGGCUCGUGUUGGGCCUUUGCAACCGUAGGAGCCGUAGAGAGUCACCAUUUCCUGCGCUCAGAGCAGCUCGUGGAGCUGUCGGAGCAGAACCUCUUGGACUGCGACCGAACGGACGCCGCGUGUCACGGCGGCGACGUCUUCAGGGCGUACCGCUUCAUGACGCGGCAGGGCGGCGUGGACACCGCGCUCUCGUAUCCUUAUCAUUUCUUCCCUGAGCGCUGUCACUUCAGCCCGCAAGCGGUGGGGGCCAGAGUGCUGGGCUUCAGGCAAUUGCCUUCAGCAGACGAGGUCCUCCUGAAGGCGGUCGUCGCCACCAGAGGGCCUGUGACUGCCGUCAUGGACGCCACCAUUGAUCUUUUUGCGUACAAGAGAGGUGUCUUGUCGGUUAAGAAUUGCAGCAACACCACAGCCAAUCACGGAGUGAUCAUCAUUGGCUACGGCACCGAGGCCGGAAUGGAAUAUUGGCUCGUCAAGAAUUCCUGGAGCGCCAAGUGGGGCGAUGAAGGAUAUUUUAAAAUUCAGCGCAACGUCAACAUGUGUGGAAUAGCCACCAAUGUAACGUACCCGAUUGUUGGUGACGUUGAUAUUGACGAGAGUUGAGUACAAGAUUGUUGGUGACGUUGAUAUUGACGAGAGUUUAGUACAAGAUUGUU